AUGUUUUCCAAGACUAACAAGCUCGCCGCCCUGGGCGCCACCCUCUUCUUCGCCGGCCAUGCCAUCGCCGAGGAGAUCAAGGCCAUAUACCUUUUCGGCAACGUCUCCAACUCCAACACCCAAGCCAUCAAGACAUCUGGCUUCAACGCAGCCAUCAUCUUCGCUCUAAACCUCAAGGACAACGGCGACAUCGUCUACCCAGCCAUCACGGCCGGCGAUGUGGAGACUCCCCUCGUGACCAAUGGCGUCUACGUCGGCGGAUCUGCCUACUCCGACCUGGUCAGUGGCUACAAGACUGGCGACACCACAAUCGACCGCACAGAAGUCACAGUGGGUCCCUACACCACGAUUCAAAGCCUCGUCAACUCCGCCGGCACCGGCGCGGACACUUAUCUGGCUAAGAGCCUUGCCGCGCUGAAGUCCGCGUGGAACCUCGACGCCGUCAACAACGACGACGAAUCCCUCUACGACGUUUCCAGCACCGUGAAGCUUGGCGAGCUGCUAGGCAACAUCGGCUUCAAAUACACCACAGCCCCAUACACCAACAUCGGCUUCUGGCAGACCAUCACCGAGCAGAUCAACGCCAAGACCGCAGGUCUCCUCGACAGGACUUACUUGCAGUGCUACGAUGGUGGUGCGGGCAAUGAUCCAGCCGAUUGGCAGAAUGCUCUGGGCAUGAAGAUUGUGCCGCUGCUUUGGGUGACGAACAAUGCGAAGCCAUCUGAUGGAAAGACGCCGGCCCAGAUGAAGAGCCAGUUUACGACGUGGUUGAACGAGGACCAGAUUGCAGGUGGUGGACUGUGGAAUCAGUAUGAUAUCGAGCAGACCAAGACGCCGUACAGCGAUUAUUCGGAUGUGCUGAACAGUGUCUUUGGGUAA